GUACCUCCCACCCUGUCGCGGUAAUCGAGACUCUGCAUCCCCAGAUGGUGUCCGCCCAGCUGGACUUGCCUGCGAAUUGGCUGAACCAGCAGCCUAGAUUCUCAUUUCGAAUGGGAAAUGUAAGGAUGGGUUGUGUUGAGCAUUUCUAGAUGUUGUGCUUCGAGGACGGAGGGUGGAGUUAUGAUGGGCUUGCUUGCUUGUUUGUUUAGUGCACUGCCUGCCGUGAUGCGAGAUGCAAGAUGUGAGGUGAGAUGCAGGAGAAGGUAUCUUCGAGGGGUACCAGGGUAUGAUUCUUUUGUCUACAUGGGUGUAGAUAAAUCUACACGUGGGGGUAUCUGGAAAAUUGGCAGAGAGCCACAUGGAAGAAGAAAACAUGAUUCUUGUCUCGCGUCGAGCAGAAACGGGAGGAUCAAAUCAGGGCCUGCCUUGGGGAAUACAUCUUCCGAGGUGGUUGUCUGUUCAACUCCGGUCAUGGAGGUAGUUGUAACAGCUCGGAGCGUGCAUGUCUCAGUGUCCGUUGUAGACCAUAUAUCUCGUUGGCCAACAGGUGCGGUUUGUUCCAGAUUGAGGAAGCGCAGAUAGCUCUUGGAUAUCCCAUCAACCGUGCAAUCCGAAAUCAGGCAGUCC